UCUGCUUCAUAGGCCAUCCAGUCGCAAUGCGUUUCUCCGGAGCCCUGAUCCUGCUGGCUGUGGCCGUGGCCUGUCUGCUGGCCGUGGCUGCUGCCGUACCCCAGGGGUACGGAAAGCCCAAGGAGGGCAGGGUCAAGAUCCAGGCGUACCGCGGCCCCAACCAGCACAAGGUCGGAGAUGGCUACCACCAGGAAUACUUUGCCCCGUUCGGCUACUACGUCCAGCAGCCGGAGGACGACAAGCCCAAGUACCACUGAGCCGGUCGGAGAGACUCUGCAGCAGCGACGGAGCCCGCUCGCUGUCGCAGAGAACCAAGCCCACUAGUCUUUUCAUCAGCCGGCCGUGGCGGGGUCGGAGUUCCGGUGGCUCUGCCCCUGGCUGACCCCGCUCUGUCCCCUCUGCCGAGGGGCGCCGGCUGACCGGGGCGCGCAGGGGACCGUUAUCCCACCGCCCCACCAGUGCCGGCCGCACCACCCAGCGCCGCGCUAUUGUUGAUCAUGUACCCGCAUGUUGUUGAAUACAUAUGACGUCACGUGUUGGACCAAU